ACAAAAAUUCUUCUCCAUCUUCUGUGAAGAGACUGAACUGGAUACUUUGCUAUAUCAUGUAGACUGAAUCAGACAGCUUAUCUCUGCUGUGGAAGAUGAUUACAAGGAUGUUUAUGCAAGUGCCAUACAAACCAUUGACAUAUUCCUCAGAUCCAUUCCCAAAGAUAAACUUGAAUCAUUUGUGGUCCCCUUGUGGUGGAGUGUCAAGUCUACAGGUGCUCUGGGUCACUUUGUUCCUGGUUUUAGUGUCCCCAAAGCAGUUGGGCCUCUCAUUCCAGCCAUUAUUGCUGGUCUGACUACCAGUAGCAAUGAGCAGUGGGAACAAGCAGCAUAUGCUAUUGGUCAUCUCAUGGAUUAUAUGCAAGACACUGUGAUCAAACCAUUUGUGGUCUCUUUCACUGGCUUGCUGAUUUGAGUGGCAAUGCAAACAAUGAUGUACUGACAAGUGGUCAAGACAGCCAUUCUGAGUGCACUGACAUCAAUGUUGGAACAUAUACCUGUGUUCAUGAAACUGUUCCACCCUCAGCUGCAGAGGGUGUUUGUCAAGGGCAUAAGUGACCUCACAAGUAUUGUUGUUAGGAAUAGAGCAGCCAAGGUGUUGGGUGUGUUGAUGAAGAGCCAGCCCAGGGUGGAUGCAGUCGUGAUGGAGCUUAUCGCAGGAGCAAAAAGCAACUUUGAU